GAAAAGCUGCUCUAGAGGCGUAGGGGUGAGUCCAUCAGGCCCAGAGAUAUGGCAGUGAGGGGGAGACGUAGGGAUGGGACCCGAGGACCAAAUGUUGGCUAGCUCUGGAGGACGUGAAGCUUAGGGUGGAGGCUCUGGGGCUGCUGUCGGCAUCUGAGCCUUGGGAAGUACUGGUAGGCUGCUGAGACGUAAGGAGGCGGGGCUGUACAGGAGCGUACCUUAAGAGCUGAGGCUGGAGCAUCCUGGAGGCUGAGGCACAUGGUGAUGAGUUUCCGGGUGUCUGAGCUCCAGGUGCUCCUUGGCUUCGCUGGCAGGAACAAGAGUGGGCGGAAGCACGAAUUGCUGGCCAAGGCCCUGCACCUCCUCAAGUCUAGCUGCGCCCCCAGCGUCCAGAUGAAGAUCAAAGAACUUUACCGCAGGCGCUUUCCCCGGAAGACCCUAGGGCCUUCCGAUCUCUCUUUGCUCUCUUUGCCCCCUGGCACCUCUCCUGUAGGCUCCCCCGGCCCCCUUGCUCCCAUUCCUCCCACCCUCCUGACCCCUGGCACCUUGCUGGGCCCUAAGCGUGAGGUGGACAUGCACCCUCCUCUGCCCCAGCCUGUGCACCCUGACGUCACCAUGAAACCACUGCCCUUCUACGAAGUCUAUGGAGAGCUCAUCCGGCCCACCACCCUUGCGUCCACCUCCAGCCAGAGGUUUGAGGAAGCCCACUUUACCUUUGCACUCACUCCCCAGCAGCUGCAGCAGAUUCUCACAUCCAGGGAGGUUCUGCCAGGAGCCAAGUGCGAUUAUACCAUACAAGUGCAGCUCAGGUUCUGUCUCUGUGAGACCAGCUGCCCCCAGGAGGACUAUUUCCCCCCUAACCUCUUUGUCAAGGUUAAUGGGAAACUCUGCCCCCUGCCGGGUUACCUCCCUCCAACCAAGAAUGGAGCUGAGCCCAAGAGGCCUAGUCGUCCCAUCAACAUCACACCCCUGGCUCGACUCUCAGCCACUGUUCCCAACACCAUAGUGGUUAACUGGUCAUCUGAGUUUGGACGGAAUUACUCCUUGUCUGUGUACCUGGUGAGGCAGUUGACUGCAGGGACCCUGCUACAAAAGCUCAGAGCCAAGGGUAUCCGGAAUCCAGACCAUUCCCGAGCACUGAUCAAGGAGAAAUUGACCGCUGACCCCGACAGUGAAGUGGCUACUACAAGUCUCCGGGUGUCACUCAUGUGCCCGCUGGGGAAGAUGCGCCUGACUGUCCCAUGCCGCGCUCUCACCUGUGCCCACCUGCAGAGUUUCGAUGCUGCCCUUUAUCUACAGAUGAAUGAGAAAAAGCCAACAUGGACGUGCCCUGUGUGUGACAAGAAGGCUCCCUAUGAGUCACUGAUUAUUGAUGGUUUAUUCAUGGAAAUUCUUAAUUCCUGUUCGGAUUGUGAUGAGAUCCAGUUCAUGGAAGAUGGAUCCUGGUGUCCAAUGAAACCCAAGAAGGAGGCAUCCGAGGUUUGCCCCCCGCCAGGGUAUGGGCUGGAUGGUCUCCAGUAUAGCCCAGUCCAGGAGGGAAGUCAGUCAGAGAAUAAGAAGAGGGUUGAAGUCAUUGACCUGACAAUCGAAAGCUCAUCAGAUGAGGAAGAUCUGCCCCCCACCAAGAAGCACUGCCCUGUUACCUCGGCUGCCAUUCCAGCCCUUCCUGGAAGCAAAGGAGCCCUGACCUCUGGUCACCAGCCGUCUUCGGUGCUGCGGAGCCCUGCAAUGGGCACACUGGGCAGUGAUUUCCUGUCUAGUCUCCCACUACAUGAGUACCCACCUGCCUUCCCGCUGGGGGCUGACAUCCAAGGUUUAGAUUUAUUUUCUUUCCUUCAGACUGAGAGUCAGCACUACAGCCCUUCAGUUAUCACUUCACUAGAUGAGCAGGACACCCUUGGCCACUUCUUCCAAUUCCGGGGAACCCCUCCCCACUUCCUGGGCCCACUGGCCCCCACAUUGGGGAGCUCUCACCGCAGCGCCACUCCAGCACCCGCUCCUGGCCGUGUCAGCAGCAUUGUGGCUCCUGGGAGUUCCUUGAGGGAAGGGCAUGGAGGACCCCUGCCUUCCGGUCCCUCUUUGACUGGCUGUCGGUCAGACGUCAUUUCCUUGGACUGAGUUAUUUGGAUUACAAAAUCAAUUUCUACUGGCCCCAGCACUGAGCAGAUACAUUGUGGGUUCCCAACCCCUGGCUGCUCUGAUCCCUCAGGGGUCAUUGGCCAAAGGCCAGGCCAGAUCUUCAUGGACACCUGCUUUUGGCCUUAUCACUGCCUAACAAGGCCAGUACUCAAAGGGUUAACAUUUAACCUUUUGAGAAAGGACAUUGGGGUCUGUUUUUGGAAGUGUUCUUUGAUGUAGCACAUCCCUUUGGGUAUGGUAACCUAGGCAGUGGGAGGCAGAUGGAAGGGUAGGAAGGACAGGAGUUCCUCACCCUUCACCAGAUCUUCAGCCUCUGGGGACCCAAACAUCUGUUCUUUUUCGUCCAUUCCCUUCUCUUGGCCAUACUGUCAGGUGGCAGGUCAGAGAUGGACAGACAACUCUGUCUUGGGUUGCAGAUUUCUUUUUUGUACAUAAAUAAGAAAACUCCAAAUUAUCCAAAGAUGACUUCCCUUGCCUUUUACUUCCCAGUGUGACUCGAGGAGGAAACAAGGCCUUAGUUGUGAUCCCCAGGGGCUCGGGAGCAGGGCGUGGCCUGCCUACUGCCUGGGUCUCUCUAUUUAUAUAUUUAAGUUCACAGUGUUUUUAUGCUAAACAGCCAAGGGCCUAAGCUUCUAGUGACCUGUGCUCAGGCCUAGAUUGUUCUUGCACCUUUUAUGGGACAUGGGGGCUCUGUUCUCCUUCCCAAUACUCAGGCCCCUUCAGGGCCAAAGCCCUGUGAUGUGAUUUCACUUUUUAUCCCCAGAGCUGUAGCAGAGUUCUCGCCUACAAUAAAGGUUGUGAAUGUUCUGUGAG